CAUAGACUUGAUUCUUUCUCGCAUCUCAGGUAAGAAAAAAGGCAUGCUCCCCUGCAACCUUGAUAUCGUACUAUGCCUCAGCAUGGUUCUUGCUGAGUGGUUGCUCUUAUGGCCGCUACAACUCCGGUCCAAAGUUAGUGCCUCGACGAGCUUUUGACAACCUUUCCGGGAGAAUCAAAGUACCAAGUCGUUGGCUUGUUAUCAAUAAUUAAGAUCCUUUCCGGGAGAAUCAAAGUACAAGAUUCAAGCCUGCGAGGGAUCCCAAAAUGAAAUAAAUACAGGAGAAGUUCAUGUGAAAGAGGAGGGAGAAAAACAAGGAAGAAAAAAGGGAAGAAAACCGAAGGAAAAGAUAGAGAGAAAAAGAAAGAAAAAGCCACGCUAGCAACCAACAUCCACCGUUGUUUUUCUUCCUUCUCCAGUCGCUGCAGUGGAUCACCAGCAGCUCCACCGUGGACCACCAUCCUCACGACAGACCAGCAACAGCAGCAAGCACCUCCCCCAGGCCAGAGGAGUCAUCACUUUUAGAGAUGAUCAAGAACUUGAGAGAGGGAAUGAAAUUUCCCGUGAACUUCUUCAAGCAAUACAAGAUUCAAGGUUUUCAGUGAUAGUUUUCUCAAGAAACUAUACUUCUUCCACAUGGUGCUUGAACGAACUAGUAAAAAUUGUGGAAUGCAUGAAACAAGGUAGACAAACAGUUAUUCCAGUUUUCUAUGAUGUUGAUCCUUCUGAAGUAAGGAAUCAGACAGGGAGACUUCAACAGGCCUUUGCUGAUCAUGAAGAGGUUUUCAAAGACAACAUUGAGAAGGUGCAGACCUGGAGGAUUGCGAUGAAACUAGUGGCCAAUCUUUCUGGAUGGGAUUUGCAGGAUAGGCACGAGUCAGAGUUUAUUCAAGGCAUUGUUGAAGAGAUAGUAUGCAAGUUGAGAAAAUCAAGUUACAGCAUGUCAUGGGUAACCGAGAACUUAGUUGGAAUGGAUUGGCGUUUGGAGGAAAUGAGUUUAUAUUUAGGAGUAGAGCAGCUGAAUGAUGUUCGCGUUAUAGGGAUCUGUGGGAUGGGUGGAAUAGGUAAGACGACCAUUGCUAGAGCUGUCUAUGAGAAGAUGCUGGGUCAUUUUGAAGGCAGCAGCUUUCUUGCAAAUGUUAGAGAAGUUGAGGAGAAACAUGGUUUAGUUUGCUUACAGGAACAACUUCUUUCAGACACGUUGAUGGAAAGAAGGACCAAAAUCUCUGAUGUUCAUAGAGGAAUGAAUGAAAUAAGGGUUAGGCUGCGUUCUAGAAUGGUUCUUGUUGUUCUUGAUGAUGUUGAUCAAUUGGUCCAAUUAGAAUCUUUAGUUGGAGAUCGUAAUUGGUUUGACAAUGGAAGUAGAGUCAUAAUAACCACAAGAGAUGAACUUCUUCUGAAACAAUUUGGAGUUGAUAAAAUAUAUAGAGUUGCAAGUUUAAAUAACAUUGAAGCCGUUCAACUCUUUUGCCUGAAAGCCUUCAGAAGUUAUUGUCCCCCGGAAGAUUAUGUGCUUCAGACCAUCCAAGUUGUAAAGUAUGCAGAUGGCCUUCCGUUAGCUCUCCAUGUUUUGGGUUCAUUUUUUUCUGGGAUCAGAUCUGUAGAAUUGUGGAACCAUUCAUUGAAUAGACUGAAAGAUAUCCCAGAUAAAGGAAUUCUAGAUAAACUUAAAAUAAGUUUUGAUGGACUUAACGAAGUAGAGAAGAAAAUAUUUCUAGAUAUUGCUUGUUUUUUCAACGGGUGGGAAGAAGAUUGUGUGACAAAAUUAAUGGAAAGUUCUGGUUUCUAUCCACAGAUUGGAAUAAGGAUUCUCGUAGAAAAAUUUCUCAUAAAUAUUUCAGAUAACAGAGUAUGGAUGCAUGACUUGCUUCAAGAAAUGGGUCGACAAAUUGUCAAGAGAGAGUCUCAAGAAGAACCUGGAAAACGCACUAGGUUGUGGCUCUGUGAGGAUGUCAUUCACGUUUUGCUAAAUAAUACGGGAACCGACAAAGUUGAAGGCAUAGUCCUGAAUUCAAAUGACGAAGUAGAUGGACUACAGUUAAGUGCUGAAUCAAUUAUGAAGAUGAAAAGGUUAAGAAUUCUCAAACUCCAAAAUAUAAACCUUUCCCAGAAGAUUAAAUAUCUCUCCAAUGAGUUGAGAUAUCUUGAAUGGUGCGGAUAUCCUUUCAAAUCAUUGCCAUCAACUUUUCAACCGGAUAAACUUGUUGAGCUCCACAUGCGUCAUAGCAGCAUUAAACAAUUAUGGGAGGGAGUGAGACCUUUAAAGUUGCUUAGAGCUAUUGAUCUCAGACACUCCCGAAACUUAAUAAAGACUCCAGACUUCAGACAAGUUCCAAAUCUUGAGAAGCUGAAUCUUGAGGGUUGCAGAAAACUGGUUAAGAUUGACGACUCUAUCGGAAUUCUGAAAGGGCUUGUUUUCUUGAAUUUGAAGGACUGCGUAAAGCUUGCAUGUCUUCCAACAAACAUAUGUGAGUUGAAGACCCUCAGAAUUCUUAACUUGUAUGGAUGCUUCAAACUUGAAAAAUUGCCUGAGAUGUUGGGAAAUGUAAUAAAUCUGGAGGAGCUUGAUGUAGGCAGAACUGCUAUAACACAACUACCAUCAACCUUUGGUCUCUGGAAAAAACUUAAGGUGCUAUCUUUGGAUGGAUGCAAGGGAACAGCACCUAAAUCAUGGUAUUCUCUCUUCUCCUUCCGGUCACUUCCAAGAAAUCCUUGUCCAAUUACUUUGAUGCUGUCCUCUCUGUCAGCGCUAUACUCUUUGACAAAGCUAAAUCUAAGCAACAGCAAUCUCAUGGAAGGAGAACUUCCUGAUGAUAUGGGCUGCUUCCCAUCAUUGGAAGAAUUAGACCUUAGCGGAAAUAACUUUGUGAGAAUACCUUCAAGCAUCAGCCGGCUCUCUAAACUUAAAAGCCUCAGGUUAGGCAAUUGCAAGAAGCUUCAGUCACUUCCGGAUCUUCCAUCAAGGCUUGAAUAUCUUGGGGUGGACGGUUGCGCUUCCUUGGGAACUCUUCCAAAUCUAUUUGAAGAAUGUGCCCGCUCAAAGUUUUUGUCCUUGAUUUUUAUGAACUGCUCCGAGUUGACUGAUUAUCAAGGGAAUAUCAGCAUGGGUUUGACAUGGCUUAAAUAUUACCUCCAUUUCUUGUUGGAAAGCGGCCAUCAGGGUCAUCCAGCCUCUUGGUUUUUUACCUGUUUUCCAGGAAGUGAAAUUCCUAGUUGGUUUCACCAUAAGAGCGUGGGUCAUUCUUUAACAAUACGGCUACUUCCUUAUGAGCAUUGGUCCAGCAGUAAGUGGAUGGGAUUAGCUGUUUGUGCAUUCUUUGAAGAGCUUGAUUGUGGUGAUUCAUGUCUUAUUACAUUGAACUUCGAUAUCAAAGGCUUCAAAUCUAGGAGCUACUAUCUAGAGUACCCUGAAGGUUCAACAUUUACGUCAAAUCAGGUUUUCUUUAUCUUCUUUCCCAGAGGCAAGUUUCCGGAACCACUUGCUGUGUCUAAUACUACUUCUCAGCCCAUUGAGGUGGAGUUCCGGUCAUCUAUUCAAGAAAGAAACACCAACAAUGAGUUUCAGGUUCUUUCUGCCCGAGUCAUGAAUUGGGGGUUCCGCAUGGUGUACGAGGAAGACACAGUGCAGCUCAACGAACCGAAUACAAGUGUCGACUCUAUCAAUGGAUUGCAUUCUGAAGAGUUGAGGAUAUUGGAUGAGAACAACUCCAUCAUCCCAUGCAAAAAUAUUGAGGGCAAAUGCCUCCCAGAAUAAACAGUGAAAGUAAUGCCAUGCCACCUGAUGUUCCCUGCCCUUCAGAUCCAAUUCUUUCAGGGUUCUGAUAGAACUUGAUCCCUGACAAAAAUAUUGUAUAUAUUUUUUCUUCUUCUAUAGAUUUCUAGUAUUUAUCUUAA